AUGGCAAUUGGAGUAGCUCUCAUCGGCGCUGGGCUUUUUGCCCGCGAGUUUCAUUUCCCCUCCAUCGAAGCGUCGCCCCAUCUAGAGCUCAAGGCCGUCUACUCGCGCUCGCUGAAGACCGCUCAAAAACUGGCCCCCGAGAAGCCCCUCGACCGUUACGCCGACGACACUGACCAGGGUCUCCAGCAGCUGUUGGCUCGCUCCGACAUUCAAGCCGUUAUCAUUGCUCUGGCCAUUGGAACCCAGACUCCCUAUAUUCACGCUGCCUUGUCCGCCGGGAAACAUGUUCUGUCCGAGAAGCCCAUCACGGACAAUGUGGCUGAGGCUGUAGAACUGACCCGUUGGUAUCGGUCGGAGAUCAGCCCGACGGUGAACUGGUCCGUGGCCGAGAACUGGCGAUAUCUUGACAGCUUGCACUACGUGCGACAGCUCGUGCCUCAGCUGGGACGCCUCUCCCAGUUCCGGACGCUGGUCUACAUCAACGUCGGUCCUGAAUGGUCGUUCGCUCGGUACUUUGGUAAGCGCUUCUUCCUUUCCCCGGAUAUAUAUCUAGAAUGGACUCUCACGGAUCGACAACGAUCGGCGACAGACACGACCUGGCGACAUGAAGCUCAGUAUCAGGGCGGGUAUCUGCUGGACGUGGGCAUCCACUUUCUCGCCGGCACGCGCUACUUACUCGGCGAUGAACGCAUCGCCCGUGUCGCCGCCUUCACCCGCGGCGUGAGUCCCUCGAUACCGCCGCUGGACACGUUGGACGCCAUCCUCCAGGCGGAAUCGGGUCUCCAAGGCAGCGUGCAGAUCGCCUUGGGCUCCUCCCAGCCAGGGGCGGGAUGGACAGUGGUUGGCGAGCACGGCUAUAUCACCGCCACCGAAGUCAGCGUCACGUCGAAAAUCCAUGGUCGCGAAGAUGUCAAGGACUUCACGGCCGAUCUCCUCGCCGUGCCGCCGGAGGUGCGUGCCUGGGGUGAGGCUAUAGCCAAGGGAACGCCGAACGCUCAGCAAGCGCCAGAACAGGGACUGGCUGAUUUGGAACUGAUCGAGGCGAUGCUGCGGAGUGCAAGUCAACAGGGCCAGCUGCAGACCACAAAGCAUCAGGUGGAGGGAUGA